AUGGUGUUCAAAUGCCAAAAAGAUUCUUUUUUGAAAGAGUUUACUACCAAGGUUGCAGUUUGCCAAAAAGCAAUCUCCCAUAAUGAAGGCUUUGAAGUAAUUUUAGAAGAUACAAUACUGUUUCCUGAAGGGGGUGGACAACCAUGUGAUUAUGGUUUCCUGAAUGAUAUACCAAUCAAACAAGUUUUGAGGAGAGAAGAUAAAGCAAUACAUUAUGUUAAUCAACCAUUAGAGGUUGGGACAGAAGUUUUGCAGAAAAUUGAUUGGGAAAGGCGAUUUGAUCACAUGCAACAGCAUUCUGGUCAGCAUCUCCUUUCUGCUGUUCUAGAGAAGGAGUUUCAGUCACCCACUGUGUCAUGGUGGCUAGGUGAAGAAACAUCUUACAUUGAACUAGAUAUUCAAAAAAUUUCUGAUGUGCAGAUAAAAAAAACAGAAGAGAUAGUAAAUCAAUAUAUAAGGCAAGGAAAAACUGUGACAGUCACCAUUCUUUCCAAAGACACACCUGCAGAGGAAUUGGAAUUGGUACGUAGCGCCAAAGACCUUCCUGCAGAUCAUGUGGGCGACAUAAGAGUGAUCAAUAUAGAAGGGAUUGAUAGCAACAUGUGUUGUGGUACACACGUCACAAAUCUCAGUCAGUUGCAAGUUAUAAAAUUGCUGCACACAGAGAAGAGUAAAAGGAAAGAUAAAAUAUUAUUGCAUUUUUUGGUUGGAAACAGAGUUGUUAACAGAUUGGAUGUUUGUAUCGAUCGGGAAAGAAGACUCACCUCCCUGUUGAACAAUAAUCCGUCACAACAUCCUGAGCUGAUUGAAAAACUCCAGAAAAAUGUCAAAUCUCUCAAUAAAAAUACGCAAACUCUUUUGAAAGAUAUUGCAAUAUUAGAAGUGCAUAAACUGAAGACUAUGCCGCAUCCACCAAAGUAUUUUUCGUUGCACAGAAAGGAGGCCGAACCCGAUUUCAUGAAUACGUUCAUCAAGGAGCUUGGGAAAACCGAGAUAUUCUUGUUUCUUUCAACAGGCGAUGAAAAACAGUCAGGAAAUAUUGUGUUGUACGGUGAUGAGAAGGCUGUGGCUGAUUUGGGACAAAAAGUAUGUGAAUUGUUGGACGGAAAAGGAGCUGGGAAAGGGAAUAAAUUCCAGGCCAAAGUUAAUAAAAUGGCGAAUCGAAAGUCAGCUGAAAAAUAUAUUACAGAAUAUUUUAAUAAAUCCUAA